AUGCACGUCGGUCAUUCAUACCUAACUCAAGGUAGCUACGGAUACGGAGCGCUGCAUGCGAUAUCCCACGACAUCCGACCUCCAACGCCCCCUGGUUGGACCCUGUAUGAGUCUGCCACUGUGCAAAAAGCCCCAAAGAACCGUCCUGAACCAUCUUGGGGCUUUUCCGCUGCAUCCCCCAAUCAACCUGAAUGGAAUGCGGAACCUCUGGCCAGGGAAGCGAAAGCAGGAUUCGAUACCACAUUUCAGCCCACCAGGCCAGCUAGCUUGCCCAGUUCCCUCCGUCUUUGGUCGAUUGUCGCACUCUAUUCCGUCGUACCCCUCUCAAGUACCCACCUGUGCCUUCAAGGUAGACGCUCUCGUCUCAAGUCGCCGUCAUUACUGACGCUGCAUGCGCUGCGUUCUGUCCGCCACAACUACUUCGGCUUUCGCUUCAACUCUGCAACCAAAGAUCGCCAUGACAUCUGUACACACUCAAACCCUCUCUACGUGUAG